GCCUGACGGGACCGCGGCGGCGGCGGCGGCGGCGGCGGGGCCGCCAUGGAGGAGCGGCGGCGGCGGGCGCUGAGGCGGAGCCGGGUGCUGCUGGUGGAGGGGCUGCGGCUGGAGCCGCUCUGGGCGCCGCUGAGGGACCGCGGCGUGUUCACGGCGGCCAUGGUGGAGGAGCUGCAGAGUCUCGGCACACGCAGGGAGCAGGCCCGGCAGCUGGUUAUCGACCUGGAGAGCCGCGGGCAGCAGGCUUUCCCCGUGUUCGUCUCGAUCCUGCGGGAUACAGGGCAGGGCGAGCUGGCGGAUGCGCUGAGCGAGGCAUGCGGGAGCCUGCCGUCGCAGCCCAGAGACCUGAGGCCUGUGGAGCUGGAGCCGAGUGGAGAAAAGCAUGGUAAAAGUGAGAGCACCGUGGAACGCUUGUCCAUCCCAGUCCAAGACAAGAGCGAACAAUUUCGAGCACCUCCUGCACCAGCCCAGGGUUCAGCUGUCGACAAGAGCGACCACAAUCUGGUCUACCAGAUGAAGGCAGACCCUUGUGGACACUGCCUGAUCAUCAACAACAUCACCUUCAGCCCAGACUCCAGUCUGUCGACUCGAGUCGGAUCCGAUGUGGACUGCGAGAGGCUGGAGAAGCGCUUCAAGUCCUUGUGCUUCCGCGUCCAGACCUUGAAGGAUCUCAAAGCUCAGGAAAUCAAUGCAAAGCUGCGGAGCCUGGCGCAGCAGGACCACAGUGCCCUGGACUGCUGCCUGGUGGUCAUCCUCUCCCACGGCUGUCAGACAAGCCAUAAUCAGUUUCCUGGAGGGAUUUAUGGAACGGACGGAAAAAGUAUUCCAGUUGAAAAGAUUGUGAAACAUUUCGAUGGGUCCAAUUGCCCAAGUUUGAGAGGAAAACCCAAACUCUUCUUCAUCCAGGCCUGUGGUGGAGACCAAAAAGAUCAAGGAUUUGAAGUGGAUUGCGAAUCACCCAAAGAUGAAGCUUGCAGAAGUUCCGUAGAGUCGGAUGCGACUCCUUUUCAGGCUCUGUCGGGUAAUAUGGACGAGCCAGAUGCUGUAGCCAGUUUGCCCACGCCCAGUGACAUCUUGGUGUCCUAUUCAACCUUUCCAGGUUUUGUCUCCUGGAGGGAUAAGUCAAGCGGCUCAUGGUAUGUGGAAACGCUGGACAGCGUGCUGGAACAGCACGCCCGUUCUGAAGACCUGCUAACCAUGUUACUGUGGGUGGCAAAUGUUGUAUCUGCCAAGGGGAGGUUCAAGCAGAUCCCGGGCUGUUUCAACUUCCUCCGUAAAAAAUUCUUCUUCAUGUGCAAGUGACGUGUGGGCGCUGAGCUCCCCGCCGAGGUGAAAAUCGCUUCCCCGUGGCCGGACAAAAGCUGUGCCUGCUGUGGCUCGGACCGGGUGGUCCUGGUGGCCGUUGUCUGUCCAUGGAGAUGCUCGUCUUGAGAAAUGUGAUCUGUGGGUGGUCAUCACUGUGAAAUAGCAAUAAAAUGAGGACUGGCCCCGUGCUAAUGACGAGGAAGGGGCAUUUGAAGGAAUCGCCUUUGCCAGGGUGCGCAUCAGCCCGAUCCUCCGCGUUCACGGGGCAGGGGCCUCUACCUGGCUGUGACGUGGCUGCGCUCUGCCUCUUGGUGCUGGUCUUUGGUGAUCGUGUUUGUGUCCUUUUUGCUGCCUGGCUAGCUGAUUGAGGGAAUCAAUGGAAUUGACCGAUGGAAUAAAUGGAAAGGAGUGAUUUCUCCAACAACAAUUUUUCUUUCUCAAUAAAACAAAAAACAAAAGGCAAAAAAUCUUUUCCAUUGUGUUGUCAUCCAUUCCCUCUCAUGCGUGCCCUUUCAGCAUGUGCAAAAAGCUAAAUGUGUAGCGUAAGUGUGUAGAAAUGCCUAAAAUGUGUAGAGCAAGAAAGAAACCUUGCUUGAAAAGUUUAGUCUUGUGCUGUUAACGCAGCAGAGAAGGGGAAGCAUGUCCUUCAGAGGGACCACGUGGAUGCCGAAUGUGCGUUACUGCAGAAAACCGGUGAGGAUUCCUUUGAAUAUCAGUUCUGGUAGCAUCAAAGCCCUUACAAGAUACUGCGUGUAGCUGUGACGACAUUUUCAGCUCACAAACUGUGUGUUUGGGAGUUAAAGGGAAGGAAUCUGUGAGCCUGAGGAGCCACCGCUGUGUUGCAGCAGCUGUGGAAGGGAUGUGCAGACUGGCCAUGGCUCUGCUGGCACCAUUCCUGUGGCAGAACAAGGCCAGGGUGGAGAGAGCCGCUCCAACAGCCACAUGGCCACAGCGCUUGGGUGGGUCUUCGCAGCUCCUUUUUGUUGCAUGAGGCUUUCAACACUUCGGAAGCCAUGUGAGGUUGUUUUCAGCAUUGCAAAUACAGAUUGCGCUGCGGUCUGCUAGGGGAGGGGUGUUUGCAGUGAUCGGGGCCGCGUGAUGCUCAAAUGUGGCAUUUACAGGCACUGGGUAUUUGCAGGCCUCUCUGUUGGGAGCACUGGAGGUGAGGGCUGUGCCAUCCACAGCUUUGCAGGGUUUGGCCAGGCCUAGUGUCGAUGUGUCGGAGGGCAGGAAGGCCCUGCAGAGGGACCUGGGCAGGAUGGGUCGAUGGGCAGAGGCCGAAGGGAUGAGGUUCAACAUGGCCAAGUGCCGGGUCCUGCACUUGGGGCGCAGCAACCUCAUGCAGCGCUUGGGGCAGAGUGGCUGGAAAGCUGUGCAGAGGAAAAGGACCUGGGGGUGCUGGUCGAUGCUCAGCUGAACACGAGCCAGCAGUGUGCCCAGGUGGCCAAGAAGGCCGACGGCAUCCUGGUUGUGUCAGGAGUAGUGCGGCCAGCAGGGCCAGAGAGGUGAUCGUCCCCCUGAGCUCUGCUUUGGUGAGGCCGCACCUCGAGUGCUGGGUUCAGCUUUGGGCCCCUCACUACAAGAAGGACAUCGAGGCCCCGCGGUGUCGACAACCUUUCAUAACAUAGCAUUAUUUUACACAAGUACAAGUUGGUGUAUUUAGCACUUAGCAGCUAUAUCUAAAAAAUUUGUACUUUCACCUUUACACGUACUUACUUUUGCUAUAAGGCUAUGUACGAACAUUAUGUAUAGAAGUAAAAGAAAAAGUAAGGUAAGUAAUCAUAGCUGUACUUUUGUACAGGAAAGAUCAAAGUACUUAUCUACGUGUAUUUAACCACUUGCAAAUGAUAGUUACAGUUUCUGUUUACAAAAACAUAUACCCUAAAAAUGCGCUCAUUUGACUAUGCGAGCUCAUUACUGUAACAACAGAAAGGUAGAAACAUGCUUGUGUAACAUGCAACAGCUUUUACAUAACUAGAGGUUGCGUAGAGGAUCUCAUCGUAACUUUACAAGUAGGUUGUGUACGAGGAGUAUGGGUGUUGUUAAAUUACUGUUUGCAUAAAGGGACUUCUAACUAACUUACCUGUAUGAUGUAUGCACACAAACUACUUAGAUUUUGCGCUUUCAAGCAGAUUUCAGCUAGUAAAAUACUUUCAGUGUAUGCUUUCAACAAAAAUUUGAGUCCCUAUGAAGUCUCUAUCCCUAUAUAUAAACUUAUUGAAAGAAGUGUGAAGUAUAAAUAAUGGAGAUAGUUUUUCUUUAAAAUCAUUACGUUUGUACUUAGAUCAAACAUUGACAGUAGAUAAAAUUUUAAGUAAUAGAUUAUCCAGCAUAAGUUAUAGAUUACUUUAGAUUUACGGAAAUAAUGAAAAAUAGGUAUGAAAAUUUGUAUACAAUUAUGGUUUUUCCUUAUUAUACUCUGUACAACAUACAAAGUACCAGUUUAAAAUCUCUAUUUUUUUUGUGUAGGUACCUGAGUACUGUGUAAGUAACUGAGUACUGCAAAGUUACCUGAGUACUGUACAAGUACAAAUUUAUUUUACUAUUUUUUCUAAGUUUUCUAAGUAGAUAACUGGAAUAGUGUAUUCUAGAGUACUAAAGUUACCUCCAUAUAUAUGUCUAUCUACACUGUAGUGUACUAUAGUUACCUAGCAGCUUGUACUUUCUAGAAAGUACUUUUUAUUACUCUUACUGUCUGUAUGUUUGCUGCCUACGGAUAGUUUAGUAGUUUAUACUUUUAAAUUGUAUUUGUGGGUAAUUAUACAGUUGAUGUUCAGUCUUAAAUAAAACAGAUUUAAUACUUAAA